AUGGCAGUCACUAAUGAUAGCACAGCUGAAGUUUUGCUUGUACAUCAGCAAAUAUUCCAGGUUGCAAUGACUGAAGGACUAAUAUCAAAAUUUAGUGUUGCAAUAAUAAUGUCACUGUUCUUUAUUUAUUUGAAUGCUAUCAUGGUCUACACUCUUUGGAGUAAGCCUGUUUUUAAAGAGACUCCACGCUACAUUCUGUUUACCCACAUGCUUCUUAAUGACUCAUUACAGCUCAUUGCUACUUCUUUGCUGUAUAUUUUAAGUGUGGCCUAUCUCAAGCUAGUAAUGGCUGCUUGUGCUUUUCUGAUUUUUGUUUCAACUACUACUUUCAAUAAUGCACCUUUAAAUCUGGCUGUGAUGUCAGUAGAGCGUUAUGUGGCCAUACGCUUUCCUCUAAGACAUGCUGAAAUAACCACUCCGAAAAGAACUUAUAUUGUUAUCGGAGUCAUUUGGUUUAUUGGUUCCAUGACAUUCAUAAUUGACUUGCUUUAUGGAGUAGUGAUGGAUUCUAACUAUUUAACUGUACAAAUGUUGUGCACAAGAGAAAGGCUCUUCAUCAGGCAGUGGCAGGUCGAUGUUUAUCGGGGCUUCAACAUAUUCUGCUUUGUGUCGGUGUCUAUGAUCAUCCUUUUCACUUAUGUCAGUAUUUUGAUCACAGCCAGGUCCAUUUCCUCCAAUAAAGACUCUGCUGCAAAAGCACACAAGACCGUGCUGCUGCACUUCAUUCAGCUGGGCCUGUGCCUUACUUCUUUUCUUUUCAGCAUUAUAGAGCGAGCUGCAGCAAUGGCCGGAAGCAGCAGCCUCUUUUUGGACUUACGUUAUGUCAACUUUUUGUUUCUGCUGAUCUUGCCUCGCUGCCUAAGUCCACUCAUCUAUGGACUGAGAGAUGAUGCUGUACGGCCCUUAUUCAUAUACUACUUCUGCUCUGCUGCAUGUAAACGUAAGUCUGCAGUCAAUGUACACUGA